UUUACGUUUGAAGAUAACAACGCAGUAUACCAUUCGUGAUUCAAAUCAAUAUCGAUGUUGGACUGUUUUGAUUACAGUAACGAUGAUACAAAAGAUGAUGAUCAAUAUGGCGAAGAAGACGUCAACUGUAAUGAAUAUGAUGACGACGAUUUCUAUAAUUCUGAUGAUCAAUUCGACGGAAGAAAUCAAAUCUCUGAUUAUGCUAGUGAAGGUACAAAUCGAACUGAUUCUGAAGAGGAAUCAUUCAAUAGUAAUGUUGUUGACUCGCCUGGUGGGAAAACCAAGUUGUGGAAACCUAUUGUUCCUAUAGAUUUUAUGCCAGAUGUAGAUGCUAUAUAUCAAUCAUUAGAGGAGGCGGUUGAAAUGUAUAAAUUAUAUGCAGAUAAAGCCGGUUUUGGUGUCAGGUUAAAUACAGUAACGAGGUUUGGUGACAAAACCAUUAAAAAAAGGUAUGUAGUGUGCAACAAAAUGGGUAAAAUACCUAACAGAUCAACUGACACUUUGGAUCCUGAGGGGAGUGGAAGGAAUAAACGAAACUCAAACUCAAAAUUACAGACUGCAAGGCAUUGAUAAAGUUUGAAAGGUUACAUAUGCAAACUAAUGCUUGUAAAAUAUAGGAGUUUGAAGAGAAUCACAACCACCCCCUAGAGACUAAAGAAGAAAGACGGUAUUCCAAACGUGCACGACGACUUAGUUAUAAAGACAAGGAGUUUAUAGUGCGUUCUUCAACAUCUAACAUUGGUGCAACAAAGGCACAUAAGUUACAAGCUAGUUUGCAAGGAGGUUAUGAAAACGUUGGCCCUGAAGCAAUUGAUUAUAAAAAUUUCAGAAGGAAGUUGGGAAACAUUAUAGGUGACAAGGAUGCACAGCUGGUUGUUGACAAAAUGAACAUGAGGAAAGAUGAGUUUCAUAAUUACACAUUUGAGUAUAAAUGUGUUGAUAGUGUGUUAAACGCAAUGUUUUGGGCGGAUGAAACCGAUAAGUUAUAUUACAAGGAGUUUGGAGAUGUGAUAUCAUUUGAUGCUACAUUCCGAACAAAUAAGUAUGGAAUUAUUUUUGUGUCGUUUACAUCCAUUGAUAACCACAAAUGUUCAAUAAACAUUGGGGCAGGUUUGUUAAGCAACGAGUUAAUAGAAUCUUAUCGUUGGUUGCUCGAAGCUUUUUUGAAAGCACAUGUAAAACACCCUCAAUUAGUGUUAAUAGACCAAGAUCCAGCAAUUCUACAGGCCGUUGAAGCAAUAUUUCCUACUUCUAAUCAUCGUUUAUGUAUGUGGCACAUUAUGAAAAAACUACCAGCCAAGGUUUCAGCCGAUUUUUUGAAAAACACUGAUUUUCGCAAGCGUUUUACAAAGCUUGUUUGGAAUGUCUAUAUCGAGCCUGAAGUGUUUGAAUCAAGGUGGAAACUGCUUAUCAGAAAAUUCAAACUACAGGACAAAAGAUGGUUCAAAGACAUGUACAGGGAUCGAAAACUUUGGAUUCCAGCCUAUUUUAAAGACAUGCCACUACACGGUCUGAUGAAAACUACUUCAAGGUCUGAAAACGUGAACUCAUUUUUUAAUAAAUACUCUAACUCUGGUAAUUUGCUUAUCUAUUUCAUGAUGAACUACGACACCACAAUUGGAAAGCAAGGAAAUGCUCAACAGAAACUAGAACAUGAUACAAAAAAUGCAAAGCAUGAAAUGACGCUUCCAAGUGGCUUACUAGAACAUGCAGCUGCGGUUUACACAAAAAAAAAAAUUUGUCACACCCCAAAACCGAUAAGGCGGAAUACGUCUCGGGGUGGAGGACGUCAUGUACAGUAUCAUCACAAUUGUAUAAUAGAAAACAAGAAACAUACAACCAUUACAUUUACAUAGUGAAUUUAAUUACAAGCGUGUUUAAU